CUUUCUAGUUAGAUUAGCUGGUGUUUGAUGUCUGCCUGUGAGUAAAUUAUAAAUGUAAAUGUGUCUCGUGAAUGUUCUGACUGGGAGCUGAGCAGUCUACACUGACGUAUGUACACACAAUGCUCUCUGUGUGCACUAUCAUCUCCAACUCCAGUUGUUCUGUAAGAAUGUUAUUGUGAUGUCGUGCCACCGGGUCAAAACCAUGAGGGGGUCUCAGCUGAAAUAGCUCAUGCCUUUCAGGAAGAUAAGAAGAAAAGUCUGUUGUAUUGUUCUCUGAAAAGAGAAAGUCGUUUAGUCUGUGAGACACAACCACAUGCAGAUGUUUGUAGAGAAGCAUGGGGAAGCUUUCUGGACUGCUGGUUUUCCUCCUAGUUGUACACUCAGUAAGUUCUCUGAAGUGUUAUGUGUGCAGUUCCACAUCCAACGAGCACUGCAACAGAAAUGCUGAGGAGUGUCGGGCUCCUCUCGAUACCUGCAUGACCACUGUGGACAUACUGGGUCAAGUAAAAGCGAUUGUGAAGCAGUGUUCCAGUUCAAGAACAUGUACAGGAGCUUCAGGCACUGCCUCACUCGAUGCAAGUGGAAAUGGAAAUGAAGUUACAUGCUGUAGCAGUAACCUGUGUAACCUCAGCACUGCAACAACCACUCAGCUGUGCACUUGGCUACUGAGUCUAUCCCUGUGUCUACUCAUCCUACUCAUUCAACAAGAUGGAUAAAGGACAAACACAGUUCAAUUUAGGUUGCACAAUGAACCAAUGGGUUUGCCUCUGCCCAGGCAGGUGUCAAUGCACUAACAACCACCCAAAUUAAUUCAUUUACUAAAAUGAAUUGUACCAAGACAAGUUUUUCUAUUCUAAAGCUGGUAUAGUUCUGUUAAUGACUAAUUACUUGGAAAGGCAGUCAGUAAACACUAGUACUGUACUGACAUCAUAUGUUUAACUAUAAAGUUAUCACACUAAGAAUAAUGUGGGUUAUAUUUACAUAAAUAAUUUUAUUGUAACAGGUUUUUUUUUUUUCAUUCCUGAUUAAUGUCUAUUGGCAUAUAAAAAGGGGUUCAAAUAUUCUAAAUACAAAAGGCUUUUUAAAGAAGCAAGCUGUUAAAUAAAAUAACUGUCCAGCUCAUACUAAUGUUUGUAUCUCAAUAUUAUGGAAAAUAAAAACAUUUCCAACAUGAA